GCGGCCACUGUAGGCUACGUCAGACGAAAACACAUGAAAGCUAAUUGGGCUAGCACACUAGCCUCUAAUCCGCCCUAGUAACAAUCAAAAUGGCUUUUACACUUUAUUCUCUGAUCCAGGCUGCGAUUUUGUGCGUAAACGCCGUUGCUGUUCUACACGAAGAAAGAUUUUUAAGUAAAAUUGGCUGGGGGGCGGAUCAGGGGGUCGGGGGCUUUGGGGAUGAACCAGGAAUCAAAACACAGAUGAUGAACCUGGUCCGCUCUGUCAGAACUGUCAUGAGAGUGCCGUUGAUCGGCGUGAACUCUGUCUGUAUCGUGCUUUUACUUCUGUUUGGAUGAAGGAGUGAUCAGUGAAGAGCAGACUGAUAUCUUUGACCACUGGGGAAUAGGCCUGCAACAAACUUUGUUAUACAUGACAAUGAAUGUUUUGAAUAAUAAUUUAAAUACAAAUAUUAAAUGCAAAAAUAAAUGCUUUUGAUAAACCUUU